ACAAACACAGUAACCAGAGACAUCAAACUGUCUGACAACAACAGGAAGAUGACAAGUGUGAAGGAGGUUCAGUCAUAUCCUGAUCAUCCAGACAGAUUUGACUGGUGGUGUCAUCAGUUGCUGUGUAGAACUGGUCUGACUGGUCGCUGUUACUGGGAGGUCGAGUGGAGAGGAAGAGUUGAUAUAUCAGUGAGUUACAGAAGAAUCAGAAGGAAAGUAGACAGUAUAGACGAUAUGUUUGGAGGGAAUGAUCAUUCCUGGAGUCUGUACUGCUCUGAUGAUGAUGAUGGUUACUCUGUCUGUCACAAUAACAGAGUCACAUCCAUCUCCUCCUCCUCCUCCUCCUCCUCGGUCUCUCACAGAGUAGCAGUGUAUGUGGACUGUCCUGCUGGCUCUCUGUCCUUCUACAGAGUCUCCUCUGACACACUGAUCCACCUCCACACCUUCAAGAACACAUUCACUGAACCUCUUUAUCCUGGGUUUAGGUUCUUGUGUACUGGUUCUUCAGUGUCUCU